AUGUCUUCCAGAAUAGCAUCUGGUCUCAAUGAAUCAGUCACAGUGACUCAAGUACACGGCAAAGCAACGGACAAAAACUGUGUCUCAAUCGUCUCUUCUGACAAACCUGACUCGGAUGCGAAGACAAUUCUAUCUACCCCGACUGCUCCUACGAUUAAGCCAGAAGAAGCAGACGAGCCCUUACUGCAAGAGAAUCCUAACCGUUUUGUCCUAUUCCCAAUCAAGUAUCAUGAAGUCUGGCAAAUGUACAAGAAGGCGGAGGCAUCGUUUUGGACAGCAGAAGAAAUAGACUUGUCGAAGGAUCUUAGUGACUGGGACAGACUAAACGAUGAUGAACGCUACUUCAUAUCUCACGUCCUAGCAUUCUUCGCUGCCUCGGACGGCAUUGUCAACGAGAAUCUCGUGGAACGUUUCAGUAGCGAGGUACAAAUACCAGAAGCGCGCUGUUUCUAUGGAUUCCAAAUAAUGAUGGAAAAUAUACACUCCGAAACCUAUUCACUGCUAAUCGACACGUACAUCAAGGACCAAGCAGAAAAAGCACAUUUGUUCAACGCCAUCGAAACUAUUCCGUGCAUAAAGAGAAAAGCUGACUGGGCUGUCCGGUGGAUCCAAGACAAAAACUCAACCUUUGCUCAAAGACUAGUUGCGUUCGCCGCCGUCGAAGGCAUAUUCUUUAGCGGCUCGUUUGCUUCGAUAUUCUGGCUAAAGAAACGCGGAUUAAUGGCAGGAUUAACUUUUUCAAACGAACUCAUAUCACGUGACGAAGGUCUUCACACUGACUUUGCCUGCCUGCUCUUCUCUCAUUUGAAGCAUCGCCCAAGCAAACAAGCCGUGCAAGACGUUAUAACCGAAGCUGUCGAAAUAGAACAAGAAUUUUUGACAAGUGCUCUGCCCUGUGCACUAUUGGGAAUGAAUUCAAAUCUCAUGAAGCAAUAUAUAGAGUUCGUUGCUGACCGUCUUCUGUUAGCACUCGGUAACGAUAAAGUCUACAAGGCAACCAAUCCAUUCGACUUUAUGGAAAACAUUUCUCUCGCCGGAAAAACUAACUUCUUCGAAAAACGUGUAGGAGAUUAUCAGAAGGCCGGAGUGAUGGCAUCAACUCAACGCAAGGAUGACAACUCUGGCCCAACCCUUUCGCCUAAUGACGAUGGGGGAGAAUUUAAUUUCGAUGAGGAUUUUUAA